AUGGAUACCACCAACAUCGAUAACUACCUCUUCUCCGAUUUCCCCCCUCUCACGCUCUCCUCUCUCCACCCCGAGCCCAGCCGCCGCCCCGCCCCCAAAAACCCUAGAAAGAAGCGCACCAAGUUCCUCCACCUCGGCGACCCGCCCAAACCCGCCAGGAAACCCGACCCCUCCGCCCCCAAAAUCACCCCUCCAUGCACCGAAUGCGGCCGCCAGUUCUGGUCCGACAAGGCCCUCUUCGGCCACAUGCGCUGCCACCCCGAGCGCCAGUGGCGCGGCAUCAUCCCGCCGCCCACCCUCCGCCGCCCCCCCGACGACCUCACCGACGACGACUACGAGGUCGCCGCCUGCCUCCUCAUGCUCGCCAACGGCCCCCCCGCGCCGGAGUCUUCAUCCAACUGCGGGCGGUUCGAGUGCUCCAGUUGCAAGAAGGUCUUCGGGUCCCACCAGGCGCUCGGGGGCCACAGGGCAAGCCACAAGAAUGUGAAGGGCUGCUAUGCAAUUACCAAGAAUGACGGGGAGGAGGAGGGCUGCAGCUCCGGCGAGAUGAUGGUGAUGAUGCUCAGGGAUAAUUCGAGCAGCAGCGCCCACAAAUGCGGCGUCUGUUUUAGGGUUUUCUCGAGCGGCCAAGCUCUGGGCGGGCACAUGAGGUGCCACUGGGACAAGGCGGAGGAGCCGUCGUCUAUGCUUCGUGAGUUUAAUCUCAAUUUGGCGCCGCCGAUCCAAGAUGACGACGACGCGGACGCUUCGUCUUUGCCGUAUCCUCCCGCCGGCCUCGCUUUGGAUUUGAGGUUAGGGUUUUGA